AUGUCGGACAGAAUCAAGGACGCAGUCAUUUCCGAGGCCAAGAGCGCCAGUGCGGUUUCCCAAGAUGUUCUCAAAUCCGGCGCGUAUCUGUACCCGUUCAAGGGUAUAAUAUACUUCGCAACGCACAAAGACCUCUGGGGCCCCUUUGUCUCCCGCGCCGGACGGACCAUCAGCCUUGGGGUGGGUGUCACGACAGCCAUGUUCUUCUUCACCUACGUGCCGCAGAUGGCCAUCAUGGCCUUCACCAGUGGGCCACUGGCCGCGGUAUCCGCAGCUCUCCUCGUGCUUAGUGAAAGCUCUACUAUAACGAACCUCCUUUCGCGUUCUUUUCUUGUCGAAGACGCCCUUCUCGAUACCUUUGAUGGUACCCUCAUCGCCCGCGAUCAGGAACCUCUCGUCGCGCAAGGACGCCACGUCAAGCCCCAAUCUGGAGGAAAAUAUGCUGUCGCGAGGCUGGGCAAAGUGCUGAGUCGACCAUUCGCGCGGCUGAGGCCACAGGCGGUAAUGCGAUCAUUGCUGUACCUGCCCUUGAAUCUGAUUCCUGUGGUCGGAACCGUGGUGUACAUCGCUAUGCAAGGGAAGAGGGUUGGGCCGGCGCUUCAUGGGCGAUACUUCCAGCUCAAAGGUUGGAACCACCAGCAACAGGAGGAGUGGGUGACAAAACAUAGGGGCGCGUAUACGGGACUCGGCAUCGCUUCGUUUGUCCUUGAAAUGGUUCCAUUUGCCUCCAUCGCAUUUACAUUCACGAACACUGUUGGAGCAGCCCUGUUUGCUGCUGAUAUCGAAAAGGCUACGGCGUAG